AUGGCAGCUGCUAGCUCACCACAUUAUACAGAGGAGGUUAUUGCCGAUGUAGGAGAUUCAAAGUAUGUUCAACUUGUGUAUGAUACAUGGACACCUCGGCCUCACUUCAUAGUCGUACAAUAUAAACCACAAAGAGAAGCCAGUUCUGACGAACUCCAAGCCACUUAUGAACUUAUUAGUCGUUUCCUUCGUACAAAUCCACAAUAUGAUAAUGAAGCUAUACUCUCCUUUCAUCGUGGAAAAUGGUAUCAAAAGCAUACAGGCGAUUGGCAUGCACAUUUAUGUGUACCUAAAGAACCUUACUUGGAACAAGCCAGAAUUAAGAUCACGGAAAUUCCAAAUAACAAGGAAUGGAAAGGUGCUCGAACAAUUGACGAAGGAAUUAAUAACUGGUACAGAAAAAAUGAGCAGGACGUUCAUCUAUCUACGCUUGAUGCAAAUUCAAGAGAAUUCAAACUUAUUUGGACAUCUCCAGCACCACACAUUGGGGUUAAGGCUUUAUCUCCUACUACAACAACACUUGCUUCUCUCUAUAAGUUUAUGUCAGAGGUUCGUGCUAAUGCUGAAAAAAAAUUAGGCCAACAUGAUUCAAAAUUUGCUAAUUUUGGCUGUCAUCUUUGUUUAUAUGUUUGUGGUCAAUCAGGCAUGACUGUGACAUGUGUUUUUUUAAAAGAAUUUUACCGUGAUACGAUAAAAUUUGCUAUUAAAUAUUUUUAUAUAGAACUAAAUGGUAUCAAUGCUCGAGUAAUUGAUAAGAAACUGAUUACUGAUCCUUGUAAACAUAAUAAAUCUAACCAUCUUAAACUACCCAAAAAUAAUAGUUGUGAUUAUCAAAAAUUAAGUAGUACCGACUACCCGGAAGACUAUGAAAAUGCCCAAGAUCAACUUGUAACGCUUUUUAAAACUGGAAAAGUUCUACAGGAAUAUUCACUUGAGACAAUACGACCUGCCUGA